UAGAGGAUCGGUAUCUCCAGCACCAGACGGUGUCAGGUCCAGAGGAUCGGUAUCUCCAGCACCAGACGGUGUCAGGUCCAGAGGAUCGGUAUCUCCAGCACCAGACGGUGUCAGGUCCAGAGGAUCGGUAUCUCCAGCACCUGUAGACUCCAGGAUGUCUCCCUGCUCUCUCCUCCUGUCCCUGCUGUUGGCUGCAGCGCUGCAGUGUGAGCAUGCCCAGUGCAGACGUGUACCGUGCUCCGACCGCUGCUGCUCCUUCGUAGAGGGCUUCCCCGUCAGACUGAAGGAGCUCCGCACCGCCUUCUCCACCAUCAGAGACUACUACGAGGCUAAUGAUGAGCUGGAGACACCUCUUCUCGACAAGGGGAUUCUAGACCACAUCAAGAGCCCGGUGGGGUGUCAUACUAUGGACAGCCUCCUGAUGUUCUAUCUCCACACGGUGUUGCCCACCGCCAUGAACAACAACAGUGGAACACACAACUUUAAAUCUCCCAUCGACUCCAUCGGAAACAUCUUCCACGAGCUGAAGAAGAGCAUCGUCCAAUGUAGGAACUACUUCUCCUGUAAGAAACCGUUUGACAUCAACAAUUUAAUCUCCUCAUAUAAAAAGAUGCAGGAUAAGGGCCUUUAUAAGGCAAUGGGAGAGCUGGACCUGCUCUUCAACUACAUCGAGGAGUACUUGGUCUCUCAGAGACGCAAACACUGACCCCUGACCCCUAACCACUGCCUCAGCCAACCAGGACACACUGACCCUGAGCAUGGACCAACAAAUAUGAGUAACCUCAAACCUCUAAUAACCUCCAACCCCAAACCUCUAAACUGCAUGUUCAGACCAGGAAGGAAUCUGUGUCUUUGCGGAAGUGUUUUUUUUUAAACAUUCCAUAUAAGUCUUUGCGUUAGUCUUUAAUCCUACUCUUUAGUCGUUCUCGAAGACCGACUCUCUAAAGUCCUGAAGACCUUCUGAGGACCUAAUAAUUAUAAUAUAUACCAUUUAUCAGAUGAAUUUAUCCUAAUUCGUGUUCAGUACAGUACUGCCUUUAUACAUUUUAGUAUGGAUGGGCCCAGUGGGAAGUCAACCCGUGUUCAUGACCUUAUAAGCGCCAUGCUCUACCAACUAAGCCAGGAACUUCUCUCUCAAGUCCUGAACCACAUGUAGCUUCAGAUUCAUCAUGGUGUUUAUUAAUCAGUCAUAUUGACUAAAACAUUCUGCUGGAAUGUCGAUCCAGAGCAUCCCGAACAUGCUCAAUGGGUGACAUGGCUGGUGAGUAUGCAGGCCAUGGAAGAACUGGGACAUUUUCAGCUUUCAGGAAUUGUUUACAGAUCCUUGUGACAUGGGGCUGUGCAUCAUCAUGGUAGGAAUUGAACUGGAACUCGCCGUCGUACACGUGGAGUCAGAGCAUCUCAAACAUCCUGAGUGAGUAUGCAGGCCAUGGAAGGACUGGGCCAUUUUUAGGAAAUGUGUACAGAUCCUUGAGACAUGGGGCCGUGCAUCAUCAUGCUGAACCGUGAGGGGAAGGUGGCAGAUUAAUAGCAUGACUAUGGGCGUCAGGAUCUCGUCACGGUAUAAAAAUGCCAUUGAUCUAAAUGACAAAAUUGCACAUCUUUUUAUUGUCCCCAGCACAAGGUGCACCUGUGUAAUGAUCAUGCUGUUUAAUCAGAUUCUUGAUAUGCCACACCUGUCAGGUGGCUGAAUUAUCUUGGCCAAGGGGAAAUGCGCACUAACAGGAAUGUAAGCAAUAUUUGAGCGAAAUAAGCUUUCUGUGUGUACGGAACAUUGCUGGUAUUUUGUUUUGUAAAAUAAUCAAUAACUGCCAUCUCUUCAUGGUCUAUGUUUUUGACUAAUAAUUAGCUCCCCUGACAUUUUAAAUAGUUGUGCCUAAAUGUUUGUGAGGUAGAAUGUAUUUAUUUUAAAUCAGCUUUUAAGUGUUUUAGCUGUCAAUGUUUUGGUAUUUAUUUAUGAUUUUAACUGCAGUUUUAAAAUAAAUCUUCUACUUUGAAACCAUUUUACCUCAGUGCUUUUGUUUGCCUUUAAAAUGCGAAGCCUUUUAAGUGGUGGGGCAGUUCUUCCACCUGUU